CACCUGAGGCGUUUAACAGGUUUUCAGCGUUUUCAGCAGCAAGCUCCCCGACCAGUCCAGCAGACAGCAGGGACACCUCCAGGAUGGAGUGCCCGUGGAAGCCGGCGGCUCUCCUCCUCCUCACGCUGUGGUGCUGCUGCGGCGCUCAGCGCGUUGAUUACAUUUAUCCACACAGAGGAAGCCUCAAUGGAGCCACACGACUCACCAUUUCAGGAGACGGUUUUGCUCAGGAGAAACAGUUCCAGCUGAAUCCAAAAGACGACAACUUUGGCAACCGUGUGACCCUGGUGUCAGACACCCUGUCUGUGCCCUGUGACGUCGAGAGAGACUCAACACACGGCAACCAGAUCCUGUGUUACACCAGACCCAUGCCGAGUGGUCACUAUGUGAUCCGUGUCAGUGUGGACGGGGUUCCCUUUCCUGACAGCAGCAUAUGCAGAGGAGCGUACAAACCACACCAGUGCAGCUUCUAUACUGUCUGGUAUCGCACACCUACUAUCUACAGUAUGAGUCCAGUCAGUGGUCUUCCAGGCACCUUGGUGACAAUACGAGGACGGAUCUUCUCUGAUGUGUAUGGAAGCAACACUGCCAGGAGCUCCAAUGGCCUCAACGUCAGAUUUCUGCGAUCCUACAUGGGAGGGAUGCCGUGUGAGCUGCUUAAACCAGAGUCAGAUGAACUAUAUAACCUACGACUGGACUCUGAAAAUUCUCACUGGGGAUAUAUGAGCUGCAAAAUGACGGGGACGUAUGUUGGGCAUCACAACCUGACUUACAUUCUUGAUAGUGAAUUUGGAAGGAGUUCAGCAGACAAGAGGCUGUACAGGGUUUCAGGUUUGGGCAAGCUCUCCAUGUUUCAGACCUUUGCAGAGGUGACAGGAGUCUCCCCAUCCAAGGGUAGCGUCAUGGGUGGAACCUUGCUGACCAUCCACGGCCGCUUCUUUGACCAAACUGACCAGCCAGCACGAGUUCUCGUUGGAGGCCUGCCUUGUCACAUCCAGAGUGUGUCCGAUGACAGAAUCACAUGCAGCACUGCCAAACACGAGAUGAACCUAAACAUGACGGUCUACCCAGGUGGAAGAGGCUUGAAGAUGGAGGUGUGGAACAACACGAGACCCCGUUACCUGACUGACAUUCGCAGCUACAAUGAGAACACAACUGGAUACUGGACAGAGCGGAUGGACUCCAUGCCUCGCAUCUUUUCUCCUGAGUUGAACUUCUUCAGCUCACGAUCCAGAGGCUUCCUUGUCCCUCCAACCAGUGGCGACUACACAAUCUACCUCCAUUGUGAUGACCGCUGUGAACUUUACUUAAGCAACUCCAGCCGCCCAGAAGAUAAGGUUAAAGUUGCUUACCAGCCGUACUAUGUCUCAGACUUCACGAAACUGGAAUCACAGAAGUCUGAAGUAAUGACUCUAGAGAAAGGAAAACCCUACUACUUGGAAAUUCUGCAUCAAGAAUAUAGUGGAGCAGCUUCUGUCAACAUUGCCUUGUUCAACCCGGAGAGUUCCUUCACGGAAGACCAGACGGACGAUGCUGUCAAUGAGGUCCAGCAUAUCGUGGCUAAAUACGACGUGUUCGAUGAGGAACAGGUGGUAACCUUUAAUUCCUGGCCCAGCAAUGCCAUUGGAGUUAAAGAGGUCCAGAAGCUUAGCAUCAGCAGCAACUGUGCGAGCCAUCUUUGUGGGAGCACCUUCUUCAGCCUGGGCUACGGAGACGCAAAGACCGGACCGGUUCCAGUGAGUGCAUCAGCAGCUGUGGUGGAAGCAGCCUUGAACAGCCUUUGGUCCAUCAAACCUGACACAGUCCAGGUCACCAAGCAGGACGAUAGCCAAGGAACUCACUUCACAGUCACAUUCAAUUCUGACAGAGGGGAUUUCAAGCCUCUUCACUAUGAGGUUUUUGGCUCAGACACCAACAUUACUGUUGCUGAGGUUACAAAGGGGAGAAGCAACAUGGAGACCUUCACUCUGCUCUGGGCGGGGGUCGCCACAAAGCCCAUUGCCUUCAAUGCAACUGAGUCUGAGGUGCAGUCCGCUCUGGAGGACAUGAUGAAAGCCGAGUGUCCCAGUGAGAUCUUGACCACUGAAGGGACUGAUGUGAUGUACUUCAAUGACUUUGAAAAUGACAACUCUCAGUUCAACAGUGCUGAGAAAGGGACUCCAGUGAAAAACUCAGGUUUCUGUGGCCAAUGGUCGCUGAAGAACGCUGAGGUUCUUUUCAAGGACACUUACACCAAAGAGUCUGGUGGCACCUAUGGACCAGUUUCAUUGGACAAGCAUCCCACGCUUUGCUUUGCAUACAAGGGAAUGUUGAAGGAUGAAGUUGGAGUGAAGUUCACUUACCGCGACAGCCAAGGCAAAACCAUAACAGAGAACGCAAGGAUCAAAACUCUCUUCACUAAGGGCCACAAAUGGAGUUACAAAUGCAUGGACCUGCAGAGUUCCCUGCAGACAGAAUAUAUUGGAAGCAGAUACAGUCUGCAGGAGUUUUACCUCUACAAAGAAGAGUCUGGUGCAGAUUUCUAUGUGGAUGCUGUUCACUUCGGAAAGAGACCCACCACAAUUGAUGAAAAUGCUAUUCCCCACAAGAGGAGACCUCCACCCUUUGAGAGCUCUGGUCAUUCCUUCGAGGUUAUUGCUGUUAGCAAAGACACAUCAGCUGGUUCACAGAUCAGCUACGAAAUCAAAGCCACACCAGCAGAAUGCGCCUUUGGGUUCCCGCUGCUAGGAGUUGGCUUCUUGCAGAUGUCCAACAGCAGCGAGGACAUGGCCGAGUUCAGCGAAGGAGCGGCCACCAUCACCAUCACUCGCCCUCACAGAGCCUCCCCUCCUCUGAACGGCACCUUUGAUGUGGAGACUUACGGAGGCCGAGCUGAAGGUCUGUCGGUGGACAUCAGUGAGGAGGACCUGAAGUACGCUCUAGAGGGAAUCGCAGGGAUGGGUGAGGUCAAGGUUACAAAUCAGGGAAGCUGCAGACAACCACAGUGGAGGGUGGAGUGGCUCACUAAACCCGGAGACCAGCCUCUGAUCCAGGUUAACGACUCAUCGGUAGUCGGCGAAAAUGUAGAAGUUUCAGCCCGUGAGAGCAAAAAGGGAGGACUGUUGAUGCGAAGCCUGACAGGAGAUCUUCUCCGUGUCUGGGAAACACAACCACAGGUGGAGGUUUACAUCAAUGGCAUUCCCUCAGAGUGUUCUGGUGAUUGUGGGUUUGAAUGGUCUGAGGACACGACUCCAGUCGUGACGGGAAUCAGCCCAUCUCAAGGAUCUAACGGCCUGGGGACUCUUUUGACUGUCACUGGGACUGGCUUCAGUAGUGAAAAUGCCUCCAUCUUCGUUGGAAAGGCCAGGUGUCAUGUUGAAGAGAUCAGCGCUACCAGUCAAGUGUGCAGGCUGGGCAGUGCCAGUGCUGGUACGUACCCCGUAAUGGUCAGCUUCCCCUCUCUGGGUAAUUCACGCUACCCAGACGGCGACAUGUUCCACUUCACCUACCAGCUCAUUGUGUCCUCGCUCUCUCCGCUCUCUGGAAGUGUGGCAGGAGGCACACUGCUGACAGUGAGAGGUUUCGGCUUCAGCCAGGACAGCGCAGUUACUGUUGGCGGUGAGGAGUGCGUGGUGGUUCAUGCCAGUGACACCGAGCUGCAAUGCCGAACACCAGCGGGAGUUGCAGGAUCACAGACCGUCACAGUGAUGGUGGGAAACAUGAGCCAGACAGCCAGCAGCUCCUUCACCUACGACAACAACCUCACACCCCAGAUCUCAGGCCUGAGUCCCCUCACUACCACUGUGAUUGGACAUCAAGUUCUCACCAUCCAGGGUUCGAACCUGGGAGGACAAGACAAUGACAGCGUGGUGUUUGUAGGCAGGAAGGAAUGUGUCACCAUGCAGUGGACGGCGACAAACAUCACCUGUCGUCUCCCUGUGCUGCCGCCUGGUCUGUACAAAGUGGAUGUACAGGUUGGAAACAAUGGCUACCCCCAGACAAGUAACGGUGUGAACGCCACCAUUGAAUACAUCCUGGAAAUCUACAGCAUCGCCCCACUGUUUGGCUCUUUACUUGGAGGAAGCACGCUGACUGUUACUGGAUCUGGUUUCAGCAAUGACCCCUCUGACAACAAAGUCUUCGUUGGAGGAGCUGAGUGUGUCGUGAAGGCCGCCUCGGAGAACGAGCUGCAGUGUGUUACGCAGUCGGAGGAGAAGACCCACAUUGUCACCAACCAGGGAUCCCACCGCAUUUAUGGACAGGGAUAUGCGUGGAGCAAUGCCUCACUCACAGUGAAUGUUGGAGACACAGUGAAUUGGCGCUGGGAGGCUCCAGCCUUCCAGAGAGUUGGUUACCGGGUCUUCAGUGUUUCCAGCCCAAGUGGCACCACCUACGAAGGGGGGCCAUUCAACAGUGGAGAGACCAAGACAGCCAAAGGGUUCUUCAGCUACAGCUUCACUGCACCCGGUGUGUAUUACUACAGCAGUGGCUACAUAGACGAUGCUAACGUCAGGCUGCUGCAGGGAGUCGUGAAAGUCAAGCCUUGGGAGGAGAAGCGCAGCGAGAUCUCUGUCAGUGUGGGUGGCAUGGAGGCCAGACACGUGGCAGGAGGUUCUCAUCGCGUCUCCAGAGCAGCACCACAGUGCGUCGCCUCCCCACAGUGCCAACAGCCCAACAAGACUUCAAACAGCCUUUCCUUCAGCGCCUCCACCUGCACCACCCCCACAGUCCACUCCAUCUCUCCCAACCAGGGCUCAUACCACCAGGUCAUCCACAUUCAGGGCAGUGGCUUCGGUGACACUGCAUGCGCUAAUGAGGUGUCGGUGGGAGAUCAACCCUGUCAGGUGAUCAACGACUCUCACUCUGAGAUCAACUGCCGGCUCAGCUACGACAGUGAACUUCCCGUCGGUGUCGCUCUCCCCGUAUCCGUCAGAGUCAACAACCUCGGCAGCGCCCUCAUCGCUGUACCGAACGAGCUUGGUCGCCGUUUCGUGGUUCUGCCUGUGGUCGAUUCAGUUUCGCCUCCUAUCGGCAGCCCCAGCGGCCACACACGGCUCCUCAUCCGGGGUUCUGGUUUCUCUCACGGACAAGUGACUGCAGCUAGUGAGCUGUGCACUGUUGUGUCAGUCAAUUACACAUCUAUCACCUGUGACACCUCCCCUUCCCAGCCUCACACUGGUGAUGUCGUCUUCCACAUGGGCAGGAUCCAAAGCUCCUGCCAUUCAAACUGCUCCUUCAUGUACUCGUCCUCCAUCACCCCCGCAGUCACCGGUAUCUCCCCUGACAGCAUCAGCGAGCCGACCGCCGUCACCAUCUCCGGCUCAGGGUUUGGCAGCCGUGUGGGUGACGUGGCAGUGUUUGCCAGCACCACAGAGCUGGAGGUCACAGCCGUGUCGGAUGGCAACAUCUCUCUGAGUAUUAACGCUCUGCCUGCGGGAGACCACCCGGUCAAAGUGAUUGUGAGAAGUAAAGGCCUUGCGUCCGGUCACGUCACCCUGAGCAGCCGUGCCCACGCCGUCCUCAGCCCCGAUGUGGGCAGCCUGGCAGGAGGAACCUCUCUUGUCGUCACUGGAAACGGCUUCGCUCCAGGGAACACCAGCGUGAUGGUGGGUGGCCAACCCUGCGAGAUCCAGGAGGUGAUGCCGUGGCUGCUUCGCUGCCUGACGCCUCCUCACAGCGAGGGGCUGGUGACCGUCAACAUCCAGGUCUUUUUAGUUCAGUAUCCUCUACUCAACUUCACCUACUCUGCAGACCACACUCCUGUCAUCAGCUCCGUCAGCCCCACCACUGGGCCGAGCGGUGCAGUCCUCACGCUGACGGGUUCAGGAUUCGGCGACGACCCUCAGCACGUCUCCGUCAGCAUAAACCACGUCCCCUGCAAUGUGUCCACAGUCUCCGACACACAGGUUCAGUGCACCGCAGGGAACAACCCGGGGGGGGCGUACCCAGUCGUGCUGCAUCACCAGGUCAAAGGUCGCGCCCAGUCAGAUGUCAUGUUCACGUACGAGCUGAGUCUGAGCAGCGUGCAGCCUAACAAGGGCAGCUUUGGUGGCGGCGCUCUGCUGUCCGUGCAGGGUUCUGGGUUUGACCCGCUCAGCUCCACCGUGACGAUCUGCGGGGACGAGUGUAAAGUUCACAGAGAAAUGUCGACAUCAAGCCGUCUGUACUGCCGGUCUCCAUUCAACAACGGCACUCAGUCAGAGGUGAGCUGCGUGGUUGCUGUCUUUAACCAGCUGGAUGCCGUCAACAUAUCAAAUGGCUUCACCUACAAAUCUCAGCUGACUCCGGUGAUCGCUGAGGUUUCUCCACGCAGAGGAGGCACUGCUGGAGGCACCCGGCUCACAAUCAGCGGCUCCGGUUUCAGCACCGACAUGAAUGAAGUCAACGUGACCAUCGCAGGGUCUGUGUGUGACGUCCAGUCUGCCAACGACACGCACAUCAUCUGUGUGACGAACGCUCAGCCACAGUCUCAGGAAACCAAAGUCCGAGUCAGCAUCAGAGACCAAGGCAUCGCCAAGAUGGAUAAUGCAGACUUCUUCUACAUUGACGUGUGGUCGUCCAGGUUCACGUGGGGUGGUCAGUCUCCACCUGAGAAGGGCACGUUUGCCGUCAUCACUAAAGGCCAGACCAUCCUGCUGGACACCAGCACUCCAGUGCUGAAAAUGCUCCUCAUUCAAGGGGGCACGUUGGUGUUUGAUGAAGCGGACAUCGAGCUGCAGGCGGAAAACAUCCUGAUCACAGAUGGCGGACGGCUCCAGAUCGGCCAGGAGGGGGCGCCAUUCCAGCACAAAGCCAUCAUCACACUUCAUGGAAACCUGCGCUCGCCUGAACUUCCUGUUUAUGGAACGAAGACGCUGGCUGUCAGAGAGGGAGUGCUGGAUCUGCAUGGUAUUCCGGUUCCUGUCCCCUGGACCCACUUGGCCCAGACGGCGACCAGCGGCUCCGUCACUCUGACCCUGAUGAAGGCAGUGACGUGGAACGCUGGAGACGAAAUCGUCAUCGCUUCUACCGGCCACAGGCACAGCCAGAGAGAGAACGAGGUGAGGAGGAUCGCCGCCGUGUCGGCUGACGGAAAGACUUUAACCCUGACCGAACCGCUCGAGUACGCUCACCUCGGGGUGAGCGUCACGCUGCCCGAUGGUACGGUGUUUGAAGGCCGGGCUGAGGUGGGUCUCCUCACCAGGAACAUCGUGGUCCGAGGGUCCCAGCAUCAAGAAUGGAACGACCAGAUCGAAGCCUGCCCCGAUGGCUUUAACACAGGUGAGUUCACCACCCAAACCUGUUUUCAAGGGAGGUUCGGAGAGGAGGUCGGCAGCGAUCAGUUUGGAGGCUGCAUCAUGUUCCACGCCCCCAGACCAAAUGAGAAUCUUGCAAUUGGCAGACUGGAAUAUGUUGAGCUCUUCCAUGCAGGACAGGCCUUCAGGCUGGGACGUUACCCCAUCCACUGGCAUCUGAUGGGAGACAUCAACUACAAGUCCUACGUGAGGGGUUGUGCUAUCCAUCAGACCUUCAACAGGGCCGUAACCAUCCACAACACCCACCGGCUGCUGGUGGAGAGGAACGUCAUCUAUGACAUCAUGGGCGGUGCAUUCUUCAUCGAGGACGGCAUCGAGACGGAGAACAUCCUGCAGUAUAACCUCGCAGUGUUUGUCAAACAGAGCACCAGCCUGCUGAACGACGACGUUACCCCCGCCGCCUACUGGGUCACCAAUCCCAACAACAUCGUCCGCCACAACGCCGCCGCAGGGGGCACCCACUUUGGCUUCUGGUACCGCAUGCACGAGCACCCCGACGGGCCGUCCUACGACAAGAACAUCUGCCAGAAGAGGGUUCCCCUCGGUGAGUUUUACAACAACACCGUGCACUCUCAGGGCUGGUUCGGCCUUUGGAUCUUCGCAGACUUUUUCCCCAUGAAAAACGGAGGCUGCCGCUCCAAAACCCCAGAGCCCGCCGUCUUCCACUCCCUCACCACCUGGAACUGCGAGAAAGGUGCCGAAUGGGUCAACGUGGGCGCCGUGCAGUUCAACAGCUUCGUCAUGGUCAACAAUGAGAAAGCUGGCAUUGAAGCCAAGCGCAUCUUUCAGUGGGCCGUGAGCGGCUAUGGAGAGGACGGAGGGGCGACGAUGUCCAACAGCACCAUCGUGGGCCAUGUGAAUGAGCUCGGACUGGGAGACAACUACUGCACGCACCGAGGUGUCAUCGCGCCGCUGGAUGAUGGCCUGAGUGUUCUUAACACCAAGUUCAUCAACUUCGACCGCAGCUCUUGCGCAGCCAUCGGGGUAGCCGCAAUCGAUGGGACGUGUGUGGAUCGGUGUGGCGGCUGGUCUGUCAGGUUUAGUAAUGUUCAGUACAUGAACUCACCCAACAAGGCCGGCUUCAGGUGGGAGCAUGAGGUGCAGCUGCUGGACACUGAUGGCUCCCUCACAGGAAAUAUCAACCACAAAGUCGUGCCCAUGAGCCCCUUGCUGGACCCUGCUCACUGCUCCCAGAGCAGCGAGUGGAGUGUGGGUUUCCCCGGCGCUGUGUGCGACCACACUGUCAACUUCCAUCGCUUGUCGUUCAACAAUCCAUCACCGAGCUCUCUGAGGGGCAAGGAUGUCAUCUUAACCAACUCACAUGGCACCAGUGUGAUUCCGUAUCUGAAGAAGAGAAUGACUCAUAAGUUUGGCUGGAUGGCCUUGCUGCCCUCUGAACAAAUGUACAACUGGUACUUCAACGACAUGGACCACAUCACCAACAUCACAUAUGCUGCUAAAUUCUAUGGCUUCAAGCCCGAUCAAUAUGUGAUCAUCAACCACAACUUGACCCAGAGUCCAGACAGAUUCCGCAUCAUCGAUGAGAGGAACGGGUCAUCAACGCCACUGAACUACAACAGUAACGAGAACGGAGACUGGUACUUCGAUGACAGCUCCAACAACCUCUACUACAUCGUAUCAGGGAAAACCAGCCAGCGGCGGCGGCGUAACAGCGUUGACCGCUCCAUGAUUGACACCGCGGUGAACUUCAGGGUCUACCGCUGCUUCUACCCCAACUGCAUCCCACCACCACCACCACCUCCAGCCACACUCGCCCCCAUACCCACCGGCAGGCCUGACGACUUCAUCCUGUGGUCUAAUGCCUCUUUCUGGAAAAGCUCAACUGAAAAUAACUUCACUGUACCAGCAGAGGGCGCUGACGUGGUCAUCCCAUCAGGGACGUGGGUCGUGUUGGACGGCGACACUCCUCCCCUCAACAAGCUGACGGUCAUUGGAGUUCUUGAGAUCCCCGACACCAUGAACAGCUCGUCCAGCAGACAGGCUCGGGCUGCACCUGAAUACAGCACCGUGGUGGUGGAUGCUGUCUACAUCUCCAUCCAGGGCGGCAGGCUGAUUGCAGGACAGGAUGACGAGCCGUUCAGAGGUCAGCUGCACAUCACACUGAGAGGGAACCACCGAACGCCUGACUGGCCUCUGCCUAACGGCCCCAACCAGGGGUCCAAGGUCCUGGGUGUGUUUGGUACUCUGGAGCUCUACGGACAACCUCACAACUUUUACCACACCAAACUCGCCGCCACUGCCGCCGCUGGAUCCAGCACUCUGACCCUGAGGCAGUCCGUCGACUGGCAGGUUGGAGACGAGGUCGCCAUCUCCACCACCAGCUACAACGCGUGGGAGACGGAAAAACGCCAGAUCACCGCCGUGUCAGCAGACGGCCGCGUCCUGACCCUGAACCAGCCUUUGGCCCACACUCACGUCGGUGAGACUCACUCUGUCGCGGGGACGUCGUUCUCCUACACUCUGGCGGCUGACGUCGGUCUCCUGACCAGAAACAUUAAGAUCAUCGGCGAGAAGUACCCAGAGAUGCUGCAGGAGUCGUUCGGAGCCAGACUUUUGGUGGGCACCUACUCCUGGGGCGGAAUCGACUAUAAAGGCAAAGCUCAGAUCAGAAACGUGGAGUUCUUCCACUCUGGUCAGGAAGGCUGGAUCGACUACAGUGACCCUCGUUACUCUGUGGCCUUCCUCAACCUGGGAGAGGUUUCAGGAGGAGACUCGUACAUUCAGGGUUGUAGUUUCCACGACGGUUUCUCUCCAGCCAUCGGAGUGUUUGGGACAGAGGGACUGAAGGUCGACGAUAACGUCGUCCAUCACACUGUGGGAGAAGGCAUCAGAAUUUGGGGCAACAACAUAACGGUGAGGAGGAACCUGGUGAUGAUGACGCUGUGGCCUGGAUCAUAUCAGGACAGAGAGGAGCCUUUCAACUACGCCUGGAACGCUGCCAUCGAGGUCAAUGAGGGGACAAAUGUCGUGCUGCAGCAUAACGUCGUGGCGGGUUACGAGAGAGUCGCUUAUCGCAUCGAUGGUGAACCGUGUCCAGGUUAUCUGAACGAGAACGAGAAGUGGAUUCACAACGAGGCUCACGGCGGCCUGUUCGGAGUCUAUCUGAACAAAGACGGUUUGCCCGGCUGCAGCCUCAUCCAGGACUUCUUCGUGUGGAGGAGCUUUGACCACGGCAUCUACUUCCAGACCAUCAUGGACGUUAUUGUGUCCAACGUGACCCUGGUGGACAACGGGUUGGGCAUCAUGUCUCUCAUCUUCGCUCCUCCGUCUCUCUCUCACGCAUACGCUGAUAAAACUGUUCAUAUUCAGGAUGCCUUGAUUGUCGGCAGCAGCCCGAACUUCAACUGCUCCGACACUUUGCCCUCCAGUGACUUCAAUAUGAUCAUCAGCGAAGGCCAUCGAGCCCCAAGACCUCUCAAUGGAGGCAGAUCUGGAAUCUGCUGGCCGAAUUUUGCAUCUGGACACAACAACGCUCCAGUAAAGGUCCAUCAUCUAAACAAAAACUACAAUGCCAUCAAAGGACUGAUGAAAGUCAAGGACACGACAUUCGUGGGUUUCCGAAAUGUCUGCUCCAGCGAGACGAACAUCAUGUUCAUCACCAACCCGAUCAACGAGGACCUGCAGCACCCUUUGCAUGUUUCAGACAUAACGAUGAUUGACAGCACAGAAGACGCCAAAGUCUUCAUCCACAGGCCUGAUCUGGGCAAAGUGAACCCGGCGGACUGUGUGGACAUGGACUGCGAUGCAAAGAAGAAGACCUUGUUGAAGGACUUGGACGGUUCGUUCCUGGGUGCAGUGGGAACAGUGGUGCCCCAGUCUGAGUAUCAGUGGGACGCUGAUCCCAGGAGGGGGCUGGGCGACUACCGCAUCCCCAAAGUCAUGCUCACCUUCCUCAACGGCAGCCGCAUCCCUGUGAACCAGAUCGCUCCGUACAAAGGUGUGAUCAGGAAAGACUGCACGUACAUGAGUUCCUGGCAGAGCUACGAGUGUUUCGGGCUGAACUACAGGAUGCUGGUGAUUGAGAGUCUCGACGCCGACACAGAGACCAGACGUCUGUCCCCCGUCGCUGUGCUCGGAGACGGCUUUGUGGACCUGAUCAACGGUCCUCAGGAUCACGGCUGGUGUUCGGGCUACACCUGCCAGAAGAGGCUGUCUCUCUUCCACAGCAUCGUGGCCACCGGUCACUCCUUCGAUGUCUACUUCUCCAGCGUCAGCCCUCAGAAACUUCGCCUCAUGAUGCUGAACGCUAAUGAAUCUGAGAGCAUCCUGGUGUCGGUGUUCUACUCCAAGCCACAGCGGCUGGAUGUGUUUGUUGACAAAAAGCUGGUCGCUCCGACUAACGCUAAGUGGAACGCUGACAACACUGACUACACCCUGAAGAAGCCCAUCUAUGCAGAUCAAUACGUCCCUGAGCUGAACGCCACUUUGGGAACCAACUAUUUCGACCAGGACUAUAAGAUGCUGAUGGUCGUGGUGAGAGGCUCCGAACCGGUGGAGAUCCGAACCUCCCCGGUUCUCUUUAUCUCCUUCGAGCUGCCUGCCAUGACUGAGGAUGAGUUCUUUGGAGAAAACCUGGUCCAGAACCUCGCUACGUUCCUCAGAGUUCCCCCAAAUAUGAUCCUAAUCACCAAGAUCGUCCGGGAGGAUGGAGGCGCACGACGCAGGAAGAGAUCGACGGGCCUGAAGGUGGAGAUGGAGAUCAAGAAACCUCCAGUCCAGCAAACCACCAACAGCACCAACAAUGACGAGGACUUUACGUUGUUGAAGAGCAUCGCUGAUAAUCUGGGUCAGGCAGCAGUUUCCGGAAACCUCAGCAAGUCCAUCGGCUUCAACGUGUCUUCGAUGGGCGUCAUCCCGCCGCCUCCUCCAUCAUCUGACCCCAGCUGGAAUGAGGAGGCCACAGAAGAGGUGACGAGGGAGGAGCCUGAGGUGAGCUACGUGUCCAGCGUGGACAGCCUGCUGCUGAUGGUGGAGCCGGUUGCCAGGGAGUUUGUAGGUCCUCUGUAUCAGCAGCCCCGGCUCAUGGCGGUGGAUGAGCAGGGUAACUGCGUCUCUGUGGGAGUGACGACUCUCACUGUAACAGCCAGCCUGAAGGACUCCAGUGGAAACAGCGUAGACGGACUGGAAGGAAACUCCACCAUCCUGUUCAGCGACUGCUGGGCAAACUUCACCGACCUGUCCAUCCUAAUCAGCGGAGAGAACCUGAAAUUGGUCUUCACUCUGAAGGAGUGGGGCGCUCAGUCACGCAGCUUCACCGUCAAAACCACUCCAACCACCCAGACCCCGACGACUGGCGGCAACGCCACAGAGCCAGCAUCCACCUCGACCACAAGCCAACCAACCACCGACGACAGCAUCUUCGGCUCAAGCGCCGCCGUGUCCGCCGGCAGUCUGUGUCUGGUCAGCGCUAUCUACGCUGUCGCCUGCAGCUCAGGCGUCAUCCCCGUAUGUUAGAUAGUUCAGUGGAGCUGAGGAGGUUUUUAUGAAGGAUACCUCAACAUACACGGUGCGUUCACCUUAGCACGAACAAGUCUGCUAAAUAAAACAAAUGUAACCCUUGAAUAAAUGGUGCACAUGUUUGUUUUUUCAAUUUAUAUCAAGAUUUAAACAAAAUCACUGGGUUGCACUAGAGCCACACAGAAAAGCACUCAUUCAUCCUUCUCUCAGCCACCUCUGUAAAAACUUUUUUCCUGUUUCUCUUGUUUUAUUAUAUAAAAAAUGUCUGUUUGAUAUGAUUAUAAACCAGGUCCAAGUCCCAUGUAGACCUCUCUUUAAAACCAGGUGCAAUAGGGUUUAACUUGAAUCUGUGGCAAGGUGCAGGGAGAUAUGAAGUUUGUUGAUGAUUGUUUGAAACUAUCUUCUGCUUUCAAUAAAUUCUGUCAUUGCUAAA